AUGGCCGCGUCCACCCUGUCCGUCUGCUCCAACGAUCUGAGCUACGGCAGCCGCGUCUGCCUGCCCGGCUCCUGGGACUCCUGCCCCGACUCCUCCUGGCAGGUGGACGACUGCCCAGAGAGCUGCUGCGAGCCCCCUUUUUGUGCCCCACCCUGCUGCACCCCCAGCUGUUGCCAGUCCAGCGGCUGCACCCCGGCCUCCUGCCUGACCCUCAUCUGCACCCCCGUGAGCUGCGGGUCCAGCCCCUGCCAAUCAGCCUGCACCAGCUCCUGCCGGCCCUCCUGCUGCAGCUCCUCCCCCUGCCAGGAGGCCUGCGGCGCGUCCGUCUGCUGCAAGCCCGUCUGCUGCACCCCUGCCUGCUGCAAGCCGCUCUGCUGCACCCCUGUCUGCUGCAAGCCCGUCUGCUGCACCCCUGUCUGCUGCAAGCCCAUCUGCUGCACCCCUGCCUGCUGCAAGCCCGUCUGCUGCACCCCUGCCUGCUGCAAACCCGUCUGCUGCACCCCUGCCUGCUACAAGCCUCUCUGCUGCACCCCUGUCUGCUGCAAGCCCGUCUGCUGCACCCCUGCCUGCUACAAGCCUCUCUGCUGCACCCCUGUCUGCUGCAAGCCCGUCUGCUGCACCCCUGUCUGCUGCGAGGCCUCCCCCUGCUCAGCCCCCUCCUGCUGCCAGCCCAGCCCCUGCUCCUCGUCCUGCUGCAGACCCUCCUCCUGUGUGUCCCUGCUCUGCCGGCCCGUGGGCCCCCACCAGGCCUGCUGCGUGCCCACCUCGGCCCAGAAGUCCUGCUGCUGA